AUUUUUUCCCGGGGCCAUUAAUGUCUCGUCUCAUAAAAUGCACAUUACUCUGGUUAACUUUACGCUGAUUAGAUAGCAAGAAAUGUAAUAUGUGUACUCACUAUUUCGUUUUUCUUUACACUUUUCAGCUGACAGCACACACCGAGAAGCACCGGUUUGGACGCCGGAACCUCCUGGGAUCGACAACCAUCUCUCUCCGUGACCUGACCGUUGGGGGGAAUACUUACACACGUCCACUCUAUCCAAAUCUUCCUAAAGUGGAUCUUGGGAGACUUCGAUUGGUGCUAUGUUAUCACAGAGAGAAACGACGUCUUUUGGUUACCGUGGUUCGGGCUACCAAUUUGCCGAGCAGGGUGAUACCUGCAGAUAGCUAUGUGGUUGUUGAAUUGCGAGGCAGCGACAACGAAGUCCUGGCGCAGGUACGGACCAAGGAGAGACACUUCUCCAACAACCCAGUAUACAAAGAAGUGUUCAGCUUUGAUCUACCCUCGCGUCCAAUUGAAGACUGGGACUUCACAAACAUUCAGCAUCCUUUAGAUAACGUCUCAUUGACCAUUACAGUCCACCGCAGGAAGCUUUUCUUUGGGGAUGACACCAUUGGUUGCGUCACACUGAGGUCCGAAGUGAGGACGAACGGCUAUUCACAUCUUUGGAAAUGCAAGAGGUCCCCCUACCAGCCGAUCACCGAAUGGCAUGAUUUAAAAAGCGUAAGCAAGUUCAUAACUUGAUAAAGGCUUAAAUUAAAUUCUUCCAUUUUGGCUGAAUCAUUACCAUUUUGGGAUCAAACUUCCAGCCGACCCAUAGAAUUUAUGUGUAUAUAUUUUUUAUUCUAAGAAUAUUGUCCAUAAUUAUGUCACGUAAAUCUCACAAUUUAACAUGUUAAAAGCCGAAUAUACAUUGUUUAUAUGUUCAUGAAUAUUAUGUAAUUUUUAUUGAAUUCAUUCACAAAAGUGCAUUUUCUGAUUCACAUUUAAAAGUUUUCUUUUCAUAUUGGAAAGAAAUCCUCUUUAUUCACGAACCACCUCCAUGAGUGUGGGAAGGGGAAAGUUAAAGUGCCUGUCUAUUUUAAAUAUAAUUUGUUUCGUGUUACUUGUCAUGUUUACAUCAUGAACUAAAUAAA